UAUAUCUUGAAUGACUCAUCUAUUGCUCUCACACACAGAGCAAAGCAAGAGAGAGAGAGUUUUAGAAAGAGAGAGAGAGUUUUAGAAAGAGAGAGAGAAUGAGCUCAAUGUUGUCCGGUUACAAACAAAUGGCCAUUACUGGUUCAGAGUCUCACGCACCCACAAGCACAAGCAACGCAAGCAAAGGAGCCCUUCAACUCGAGGUGGAGUGCGUAAAAUGCCACUCUUGCGGGUUCACGGAGGAGUGUACUCCCGCGUACAUCUCACGCGUCCGCGACCGCUACCAGGGCCGUUGGAUAUGCGGGCUCUGCGUCGAGGCGGUCAAAGACGAGGUCCUCAGGUCCGAUAGGCUCAUCACCACCGAAGAAGCUCUCAACCGCCACAUAACUUUCUGUAAAAAGUUCCGAUCCUCAAACCCUCCGCAAAAAGAAACAGAGCACCCAAUCUUCGCCAUGGGAAAAAUUCUCCGCCGGAGCUUGGACUCGCCCAGAGCGCUUCGUUCCAAUUCAAGUGGCUCUCUCGAAACUGUCAAAAGGGUUUCAACGCCUUCUCUGGUUCGUUCUGGUAGUUGCUUCUCUUCUCUAUCUAACUGAACCUCACCAAUCUACAGAUUCAUUGAGCUAAUAUCAAACAGGGGAACUCUGUUUUUUUUUUUUUUCACUUAUUAUCUUCUUUAUAGCUUUAGAUUAAAAUGAGUUUAUCUGAUGAACUUUGCAUUGUACAUAAUAUCUUUUAUUAUAAUAAAAUUCUUAUAGGCUGAAGUGUUCCAUGUUAA